UGAAUCAAUUGAAUGUGCAAGACUGGGCUUCUUUAUGGACCCAAAUAGCCUCUGAUAAAACCCUAGCGAAUUAGGGCAAUCAGGGCGGAGGAGACGAAGGGGAGGAGAGCAAUCAGGGAAAGAUGUCUAAGCGCGGGCGUGGAGGAUCGGCGGGGAACAAGUUCAGGAUGUCGCUGGGUCUGCCGGUGGCGGCGACGGUAAACUGCGCGGACAACACCGGCGCGAAGAAUCUGUAUAUCAUAUCGGUGAAGGGGAUCAAGGGUCGUCUAAACAGGCUUCCCUCUGCUUGCGUGGGUGACAUGGUGAUGGCCACCGUGAAGAAGGGUAAGCCCGAUCUCCGUAAGAAGGUCCUCCCCGCGGUCAUCGUCCGGCAGCGCAAGCCGUGGCGCAGAAAGGAUGGAGUUUACAUGUACUUCGAAGAUAAUGCUGGGGUCAUCGUGAAUCCCAAAGGUGAAAUGAAAGGGUCUGCCAUCACUGGUCCAAUUGGAAAAGAAUGUGCUGAUUUGUGGCCCAGGAUUGCUAGUGCUGCAAACGCCAUUGUUUAAAAAUAGGAGCGUUGUUUUUUGAAUAUGUUUAUGUGUUUCUUUGAUACAAAAUCUUUAAAUUGGUGUUUUUAGCAAUGGAAAAUCUGUUAUUGUUAUGUGGGGAAUAUUUACUUUUCUGAAUUGAGUAUGUGCAAUUAUUGCAUUGUGGGCUAUAGUGAGACUUGAUACCUUGUAGUAUGAAUGUGCUUCUCUAAUACUUUCUUGUGUGAUUUAUUACUCGUGAAGUUUUGUACAAGGGGAGUUAUAUUAUCAUUUAUUUGCAUAUAUUGACAUAGAAUGUCCUUUGUCUCCUAAUCUCUGACCGAACCUUUACUAGUUGUAUUGGGGAGCUUGAAUAUGUUCUCCGCAAUCUAUUUGUAGGAAUUGUAUGUAAUGGCCUUAUGACCCUUCCUUGUGCAAUAACAUUUCAUUUUUAUGCUGCAUGAUCUUCGAAUGAAUGUCCCUGGAUUGUCUUAUGGCAAAUCUCCAACAAUCUUCGCACUGUUUCACUGUGAUUAUAGAGACUUUGCUUGCCUUUGUAUUAUCUUGCAGCAGUAAUACGCAAACGUUUGUUGGUUCUAACAUAGCAUUGUACUGACUGUAUGAUAGCAUUCUUUUAUCUAUCUGUUGAAUAUUACUCUUUUUUCUUCCUUUUACGAAGCUACCGCCAUUUAUGGUGAGCUACUGGACUGGCCCUCAAUUUGCCAUUGAAAUUGAUUGAAAACAGUGAAAAAGAGUCGGUAUUGUGGACUUCCUGAAGUGAAACUAUUUCAUAGGCUUUGAAUUUGGGAGUUUAUUUCAUUGACAUGGUUUUUUCGAUAGACCUUACUCUGUCUGAUAUUUAAGGUAACUAUGCUGGCUAUGCUGUUCAAUUUUGUUUCUUGAUAUUGUUUGAAGAAAACAUUUACUUUCUUCACAAAAGUAGGAGUAUUUCACAGACACCGUAUAUUCUGUGUGCAAUUUGAGGCUGGAGUGAUUGCAAACCGAUUGGUACCUCACCACAUUGAUGUUUUCUUUUCAGAAAGGACCAGGAGGGCCUACAGGUAUCAAUGCCAAAAUUGACUGAUUCUCCAUUAUCAGAACACUUCCCACCUUCAGCAAAUGCGCGAUUGCCACACGACAAAAGUCCCUUGGAUGCUAUCUGAUGGAAUAUCAAUCAGAGACUACUACAUUUCCUGGUAUUUCUUACUACCCUGUUGAGUGUUGAUAAAUAUAAUCAUCCCCGGAAGCAAAAAGUUAUGAAAAUACAAACUGUAGUUGACCGGAAGAAGAAGAUUCCUUUGUUGAAUUGGGGAAGAAAGAUUUAUAUAUGCUCUACAAGUGCUUCCCCUCUUGUUAACAGUGGUCGUUGGAGUCUCCCAGGAAAUUGCUGCCUAGGAUUGCAUGUUGCAAGGCUUCUGCUUUUGAAGUUCAGCUCGGAGUUAAAGCAACUUAUGAGCUGGCACAGCAACAUCACAAGCUAUAAUUAUGAUCCAGAGAGUUACUACCAGAAUUUCGAUAAUGGUUGCUUGGAUGACAACCCCUCGCCUUUGGUUCCCCGAGUGCCUUAACCCUUUUGAAUACAUGUGUUUGGGAAUCUAAUUUUGUUUUGAGCUAUGAUGCCUAUUUCUUACUCAUCAUAUGAUGCCUAUUUUGAGCUAUGAUGCCUUUGUGUUCUUUUGGUUCUCUUUCUCCCGAUUACGUAGUUGUUGGUAAUUGAAGCGUGGAUUGAGAUCUAUGUUCGAGAAUGUCGUGUUAACUGCAGAUUCGUAUUCUUGUUGUG